AUAUGCUCGAGCGUAUGAAUUUAAUUUAAACUUGGCUGCUGCAGGGAUAAUAACACUGCGAUUGCUUUCUCAGCAUUUCGGCUUAUAUCAAGAAGAAACAUGCCUCCGCCUCAUGGUAAUUUACGCGGGCGUGACAUCGGAAUGUUUUACGCCAAUAGAUCUAAGCAUACAAGAAAAAAGAAAGAAAAUGAAAACAGAGCCCAUGUUCUGAUGAGUCAUAAUCAGAGAGCAAAAAUUGAUGUAACUCUUUCUGAAGUGCAAGCUCUGAGAUCAGAUAAAUCGAAUGCUUCAACUAGUUUGGGAGCUGGUAGUAGCCGUUCAUCAGCAUCAUCUUUUGAAGUCGAGAGGUUACCGUUCGAAAAUCGAGUAAAUGAUGAACAAAUAAACGAAGCCCUCAAAUUAGAGCUAUUAGCGAAGCAAGAAAGUGAUAUAAAAUAUCAGAAAAUGCUAGAGUCUCGCCAGAAUCUCCCUGCUUUCAAAAUGAGAAAUGAUAUUCUUAAAGCAAUUGACGAAAAUCAAGUUUGCGUGAUCUCUGGUGAAACGGGAUGUGGUAAGACUACCCAAGUUCCACAGCUUGUUCUGGACUAUAAAAUUCGUAAAGGAACAGGCAGCCAGUGUCGUAUCAUAUGUACUCAGCCUAGAAGAAUAAGUGCAAUCAGCAUAGCUCAACGUGUUGCGGAAGAGCGCAGUGAGCCACUCGGAAGAAGUACGGGCUACUCGAUCAGGGUUGAGCACAAACUUCCACGAGACGAAGGUUCAAUUGUCUAUUGUACUACUGGAAUGCUGCUUCGGUGGAUCCAUUUUGACCCUGACUUGGUCCGGGCCUCUCAUAUAGUUUUGGAUGAAGUUCACGAAAGAUCGGCACACUCUGAUGUGCUUCUGGUUCUUCUGAAACGACUUCUUGCAACCAAUAGACGUCCAGAUUUGAAGAUACUUCUGAUGAGUGCCACUCUGAAUGCGGAGGAAAUCAGUAGCUAUUUCGGCGACUGCUGUACCUUGAACAUCCCUGGAUUCACAUUUCCAGUAACUGAAUUCUUCCUAGAAGAUGUCCUGCAAUUGAGCGGUUAUGAACCGAACAACAAUCAGAGCCAAUGGCGCAGAAAACGUCCAGAUCCAGGUGAGCAGGAAAUUCGCGAUGCCCUGAAUGUGGCAGUACGGAAUUUGGGAUCCAAAUACAACCAGGGGACAAGACAUGCUCUAAUGACGAUGGAUCAAGAGGCUUUUGACGAAGAGAUGAUCUGUCAUCUGAUAUCUUUCAUCUGUAGGACUCAAGGAGAGGGAGCCAUUCUGGUGUUUGUUCCAGGCUGGGAGCAGAUCAGAAAAGUUGUUGACCUUCUGGCUCAAAAUGGUUUUUCUGAUCAUAACUUAGUACUUCCUCUGCAUUCUCUAAUGCCCACAGCGGAACAAGGAGCAAUUUUCAACCGACCGCCGCCUGGUGUAAGAAAAGUGAUCGUUUCAACUGCGAUUGCAGAGACUAGUAUAACUAUUGACGAUGUAGUGUUUGUUAUCGACUGUGGAAAGACAAAAGAGGCUAACUAUGAUGUUAAGAAGAACGUGAAGACUUUGCAGCCCGAGUGGGUGAGUCUUGCGUCGGCUAAGCAGAGAAGAGGGAGAGCGGGAAGAGUACAGAAGGGCUAUUGCUUUCACCUCUACAUGCAAGCCAGGGAGAAUUUCCUUCUUAAAUAUCAGAUUCCAGAACUUCUGAGAAUGUCACUGGAAAGCAUAAUUCUAGAACUGAUCAAGAUCGACGUGGGAAACAUUCCUCAAUUCUUUUCCGACUGCCUCAGCCAGCCGACGAAAGAGUGCGUUGAUCAGUCAAUCAGAGAACUGCAGCAGAUGAAUGCGAUCACCUUUGACAUAAAACUGACACCACUAGGCCACCAUCUCGCAAUGUUGCCAGUCGAGCCAAGAAUUGGGAAGUUCAUUCUGUACGGAAGUAUUUUCUCGUGUCUCGAUCCUGUUCUAACAAUCGCAGCUUGCUUUUCUCAUAAAGAUCCAUUUGUGGUGCCAUUGGACAAAGAACGUCAAGUGAAGCAAGCCAAACAGUCUUUUUCAGCCGAGUUGAGCGACCCGUUGGUCUAUGCAAACGCUCUGUAUAAUUAUGAAAAAAUGCUAAGAGAUGGUCGAGGCCGACAAUUGGAUGCAUUUUGUUGGGAUAGUUUUCUGUCGAAAUCAACCCUGAAGUUUAUACUCGACAUGAAGAAACAAUUCGCCGAAUAUUUGCAAAAAGAGGGCUUUAUUCACGGAACAGACUAUAGAAAUCAGAAGUACAAUAAGUAUUCGCAAUGCGACAUGGUUUUAAAAGCAAUGGUUGUUGCUGGAUUUUACCCGAGUAUCAUCAAAGUGGAUAAUUUUGGGAAAAGAUCUCGGUUCAGACCUCUUUUUUCGAAUUACGGAAAAGUUGACAUUCACAUGAAGUCUGUAGCUGCUGAUAUUCCGAGAGUUUCCUACAACUACAUGGUCAACUACAUGCGAGUCAAAAGUCUAGGUGGGGUUAAUUUGUACGAUGUCUCUCCUGCACAUCCUUAUGCAUUGAUGUUGUUCGGAUCUGAUGUCAAGAAAAGCCAUGACGAUAACGGAGCACCAUUGAUAGUGAUUGACAAAGACAUAUCCUUCAGAUGCGACCCACAACUGGCAGACACUAUAAUUGGACUGAGUCAGGAGCUGAGCAAUUUAUUAGAGGCAAAAAUUGCAAGAAGGUCACAGAACCAGUCAAUAGAUCUGCAGCAGCUGCAAGAGACGUUAACAAAAGCAGUUGUAGAUUUAAUUAUGGGUGACCAAGAUAUCUGAAAAGAAAGUUAAGCAAAAACUGCAACAACAGAAACCACGGAUGAAUAUAAAUCAAAUUUGUAUGCUAAAUUAAGUUUCUAGCUAAUGUUUCUCAAAAUGUACAAAAUUUUUCUUUGAAUUGAAAAUGUCUUUAGUC